AGGAGAGAGAGGGAGAGAGAGAGAACCAAACUCCAUUUUUGCUAGCUUUUACACUUCUUUUAUAACUAGUGAUGACUCAAAUGUGAAAUCUGCAGCAAGAGUCUGAUAGAACUUGUAGAGUAGGAACCUAACCGGUUCAUCGAUUUCAGGGACAAGAGAUUGAUCCAUCUCUCUAUGCUUCUCCCUCGCUCCACUCUUUUCAAGUUCUACUGUCCUCUCUCUCUCUCUUAGAAUAUCAUUUUUGUAGCUUUUGAGGUUCAUUUAUCCCUCAACAAAAGACCGCCCAGUUACAGAUAUCAGUGGAAACGAUGUCUGGAAAUGUUCUUGUUUCAGCCAGACAACUUGUUCAAGAACCCAGCUCUAGUCCAAACAAUAAAAAGAGAAACUUGCCGGGAACACCAGAUCCAGAUGCCGAAGUGAUUGCUCUCUCCCCAAAGUCUCUGAUGGCCACCCACCGCUUCGUCUGCGACGUGUGCAAGAAAGGUUUCCAAAGGGACCAGAACUUGCAGCUUCACAGGAGAGGACACAACCUUCCAUGGAAGCUGAAGCGCAGAACCAAAGACAGAGACCAGCCAAGGAAGAGAGUUUACAUAUGCCCAGAGACAACCUGUGUCCACCAUGACCCAUCAAGAGCUCUCGGAGACCUCACGGGGGUGAAGAAGCACUACAGCAGAAAGCACGGCGAGAAGAAGUGGAAGUGUGAGAGGUGUUCCAAGAAGUAUGCAGUCAAGUCAGAUUGGAAGGCUCACAGCAAGAUUUGUGGUACUAGAGAGUAUAAAUGUGAUUGUGGCACCGUCUUCUCCAGGAAAGACAGCUUCAUCACCCACAGAGCCUUUUGUGAUGCUCUAGCUGAAGAGAGCACAAAAUUCAAUUCCUCAAACUUCAGGAAUGACCCAACACUGGCUCCUCCUCAGUCAGCUGCAACAGUCCCUGAUAAUUUCAGAUUACUCGGCCCGGAAUUCGCCAAUCCUCAUCUGAACAGCUGCGGAUUCGCCGGUACAUCUUCCAAUGCAUUGUUGGCUUCGGUGUUCAGCAGUGACCGACCGGAAUUCAUUCCUACAGUGCCGAUGAGCAUUUUCGGGUUGCCGAGUGCGUCCUUACUUGGGUCCAGUCCAUCCGUCUGGGAGUUGGCUCAGUGUGUGAAGGAGGAAGAAGAGAGCAAGAGUUCGAUAUCUGAUGCAUUGAGUUCUUUGUAUGGUUCAAGCGAUCAGAAUCAUCCACAACAACAUAGCCCAGGUCUCAUGUCAGCCACCGCACUCUUACAAAAAGCAGCAAUAUUGGGAUCUACCAUGGCCAAUCCACCACUCAUCAAUGACAUGGGUCUCGGACUAAUGAGCUCAUCGUCAUCUUAUUUUCCCAACGCUUCAAAUUUAUGUUCCCUUUCUCAGAACUUGAACGAGUCAAUACUGAGUUCAUUGUCCUCUGCAGUCACUUGUUCUCCUGUGGGAGAUCAUGUGCUGGUCUUAGGCGAUUCCGACUCGAGCUCACUGACCGCCAAUACUGAGAACACGCCGAGUAAUAUGGCGAUGCAAGCCAAUGGGAAUGUGAGCCAACUGAGAGUUGUUCAAGGGAAGCUGAAUCAUGCAUUGGUUGAAGGCAAUUGGACUCGGGAUUUUCUUGGUGUUGGAGACAAACCGAGAGCAAACGUCAACCAGCAAGGCCUAGCAGAUUUUGCUUCACUGGGUUCAUUGUCCACGGAUUUGAGCCCAGUACGGUUUACUUAGCUAGUUAGCUGUGCUAAUAUACUUUCAUGUACUGAUGGAAUUCAUGAAAAAAGCUAGUUCAUACUUAAAACAUAUAUCAUGGGAAGGUAGAAUGAAGAAAGCUUAACGCUUCAAUCAAGCCUGCCUCUAGCUAA